CGGCCAGUUUCGUCUCUGUCUUUAAACGCUUGAUUGCUGGUUCCCGAUCUGCUUGUGGUAGUUGAAGUACUUUCAUUGUGAGUGUGGUACCAUUUAAAAGUGAAACCCAAAGUGGACAGAUACAUAAACUAUGGCUGAUGAUGGUGAAAUAAAAGAGGACCUAGAGAAACUGUAUGAUCAGAUGUUUGCGUUUAGGUACACAGAUGACGAUCCUGACUACAAGCAGACCAUCUCAGAACCUAUUCCACCAUGUCCAUGUAUAACAAGAUAUUUUACCAGAUCAAAAAAAAAUUUUGACAACAGAGACAAUAGGAAUCAAGGUGGAAGAGGUCAGUGGGGUCAAAGAGAUAGAGGUCAAUGGCAAGGUAGAAGUAACAAUUACAGAGAUGACAGAGGUCGAGAUCAUGGUUAUCGUGAUAGAGAUCAAGGUCAAGGUUAUCGAGACAGAGGUCAAGGUUAUCGUGACAGAGAUCAAGGUCAAGGUUAUCGUGAUAGAGGUCAAGAUCAAGGUCACAGCUAUCGUGAUAGAGAUGACAGAGGUCAAGGUCAUCAUGGUCAAAACUAUGAUGACAGACAUAGAAAUAGACAUAGAGACCAACGUUAAAACCCUUACUGAAUUGUUGCCACGGUUACAAAAGGGCAAUGUGAAUAAAUGAAGUAAUACAGUCAGGAUGUUUCUAAAAAUAGGAGGAGGAUAAAUAUUAUCAGAUAAUGUCAGUGUCACCUUGUAACAUGUGAAAAUUAAUGCAACCUGACAGUUGUUUAUAUGAUUGUUAUUUAUAUAUUUAAUAUAAAGUUAAUUGCCAAGGAACAACUGUUACACGAGUUGUCAUACUUAUGAAUUGAUUGAUGUGAAACAUAAGACUUUAUUGUGUGAAAUUUCAAUUAAAAAAAAUGUAAAAAUUAUGCCCUGUUGGGAAUUGCUUAAUCUAGGUAAAAGUUAGAGCGAGUAGUUUUCAAGAUGCAUUUGUAUUAUAAUCUAUUUUAAAUUAACAAUAUUUAUUGUGCUAUAACUGAAGGUAUGAUGUAAUAAACUUAGUAAAAAUUA